CAGUUGCCCACAGAGAGCACAAGGAAAUAGAACAACAGAAAACCGAACUCAUGAAGCACUGAUAAAGCAGCGUACAGGUCAUGGCACUGUGGUGGUUAUGCUGAUGAUCUCAUGUUUGUGUUAUUGAGUCAUGAGGGAGUGGCAGCUGAAGGAGGAGUAACAUGGCAGAGCAAGAUCAGCUGGUUGUCUUCAUAUCUGAAUAUGGAUUUAAUGUCUGGGACUGAAGCCGUCUAACAGAGAGGACCUGAGCAUCUGAACAACAAACCCCUGAAGCACUCAUAACGCACACCAUCAGGCUCUGAGAAAAAGCUCUUCCCUGCUACUCCUGCAAAGCUGAACCAGCAGCUGUAGCAGCAGAGGAGUGGAGGACUGACUCCAGAUCAGCUUGGUGACUCAUGCUGUGCUGAGGUCAGUGCUGUGUGUCUGUGGGAGUGUAUCUGGUAGCAGCAGAGGAGAGGAGGGCUGACUCCAGAUCAGCAUGGUGACUUAUACUGUACUGAGGUCAGUGCUGUGUGUCUGAGUCUAAAAAUCCACUUUUGUGAAUGUAAAAGUGUUUUUUUAUUGAUAUAAAGGAUAUUGAUAUUGCAAAACCGGUUUACGCCACAGAAGACAAGCAAAGUGGGUAAACACAAGCCGUUUUCAGAAAGACCUGUAUUUCCAUAAUGUUCACAGACUUUUUACGGUAGGGUUUUGUUGUUGUUGUUGUGCUGUCUGAAUUCAUAUGUCCGCAUAUCUAUCUACAGAACUUUUCUUGUUGUUGACCUAGUCAUUUGGCCGUAAUGUUGCCACAGCUGCUAUGUGAAUGCAAUCGCAGAAAUAUUCCACACUUGUCAGUGAUGAUGGAGGGAAGUAUUCUGUGUAUUUAAAGCGCCCUAAUGUCACUGAACAGUUCCAUCUCUCUAACAUGCUGCAGGAUGGAGGGCACCAGCUCUAACAGGAGACCUCCCUCCCCUACACCCACCUGUGUGUCCAUGAAGAGUGAUGAGUCCAUGGAUCCACCCAUCAAGUUUAAAGGAGGAGACUCUUCAACUGGACAAUCAGAGACACAGAGAGCCCCAUCUCCAGUGCCCAGCUGUGUGUCUAUGAGAAGUGAUGGAUCCAUGAUGGAACCUCCUAGACUCAGCAGUGGACCAACGCAGUCUAAUCCACAAUACCAAUUUGAUCUAGUUAAUAUGCAGCAGAUCCACAAAUCUCACCUCCAGAAGAAGUUUCAGUCUCUGAUUGAGGGAAUCCCACAGCAGGGAGACACCAGACUCCUCCAUGAGAUCUACACAGACCUCUACAUCACAGAGGGGGGAAGAGGAAAGGUCAAUGAUGAACAUGAGGUCAGACAGAUAGAGAGGGCAUCCUGGAGAGAAGCAGCACAAGGCAGACCAAUCAAAUGCAGUGACAUCUUUAAACUCUUACCGGAAGAGGAAAGACACAGAAAAGAACGCUUCUUGGAAGAGGAAAGACACAGAAAAGAUGAGGCAGAAAAGAAUGGCAGAAUCUUUAACCCCAAACAAUACAAACCCAUCAGAACAGUGCUGACAAAGGGAGUGGCUGGCAUUGGAAAAACCGUCUCUGUGCAGAAGUUCAUUCUAGACUGGGUUGAAGGACAAGCCAAAGAGGAUGUCCACUUCAUAUUUCCUCUUCCUUUCCGGGAGCUGAACCUGAUGAAGGAGAAGAAACUCAGUCUGAUGGAUCUUAUUCAGCACUUCUUCCCUGAAAUCAAAGAUCCAAGAGUCUUCACCAGUUCAGCACACAGAGUCAUGUUCAUCUUUGAUGGUCUGGAUGAGUGUCGACUUCCUCUAGAUUUCCGCUCCAUCCCGACCUGUUGUGAUGUGACAAAGCCAGCCUCAGUGGACGUGCUGCUGACAAACCUCAUCAAGGGGGGUCUGCUUCCUUCGGCUCUCCUCUGGAUCACCACCCGACCAGCAGCAGCCAAUCAGAUGCCUCAUGAGAGUGUGUACCAGGUGACAGAAAUAAGGGGAUUUAACGACCCACAGAAAGAGGAGUACUUCAGGAAGAGAAUCAGUGAUGAGAACCUGGCCAGCAGAACCAUCACACACCUGAAGUCAUCUAGGAGCCUCUACAUCAUGUGCCACAUUCCAGUCUUCUGCUGGAUUUCAGCCACUGUUGUAGAGAGGACAUCAAAAGAAUCAGAGAGUGUUGAAAUGCCAAGGACUCUGACUCAAAUGUACACACACUUCCUGAUCAUCCAGACAAGCAUUAAAAAUGUCAAGCACACAGAGAGAAAAGAGACAGAUGAAGAGGUGAUUUUCAAACUCGGGAAACUGGCUUUCCAACAGCUGGAGAAAGGCAAUCUGAUAUUCUAUGAGGAAGACUUGAGUGAGUGUGGCAUUGAUGUCACAGAAGCAUCAGUGUACUCAGGAGUGUGUACUCAGAUCUUCAGAGAGGAGGCUGGGCUGUACCAGGGGAAGGUGUUCAGCUUUGUGCAUCUGAGCAUCCAGGAGUUUCUUGCAGCUCUGUAUGUGUUCCUCUGCUUCAGCAACAGAGAGAGAAACAUGCCUGACCAACAGCAAACCUCUCAACUCUCUGCUUUGUUAGGCGCUGCAACACUUCAUGACCUACACAAGACUGCAGUGGACCUGGCCUUACAGAGUAAGAAUGGACAUCUGGACCUUUUCCUCCGCUUCCUUCUGGGCCUCUCGCUGACGUCCAAUCAGAAUCUCUUAAAGCAUCUUCACCCACAGAGCAGUAGCCAAUCAGAUAAGUCAGAGCAGACAGUCCAGUAUGUCAAACAGAAGAUCAGAGAUCAGAGUAGCUCAAACAGAAGGAUCAACCUGUUCUACUGUCUGAAUGAGCUGAAUCACCAUGCUGUAGUGGAGGUUACUGACAGGAGCUCAGGAACUCUGUAUGUAGACAUGCUGUUACCCGGAGAGUGGAAGACUAAGAGAUUUGUGUUUAAGAUGUCAGAGGAGCAGCUGGCUGAGUUUGACCUGCAGAAGUACAUAAAGACUCCAGAGAAAGAUCAGACUGAACUCCUCAGUCCAGAUGAAGUUCUUCAGAGGCUGGUGCCAGUUGUUACAUCAGCUUUGUUGAGUUACUGUGAUCUGACAAAGAGGAGCUGUUCCUAUCUGGCCUCUGCCCUGACCACACACUCCUCAAGUCUCAGACUGCUGAACCUGAGUAGGAAUAAGCUGCUGGACUCAGGAGUGGAACUUUUAUGUUCUGCACUUUGUCAUCAAAACGGCAAAGUUUUGGAACUGAAGCUGGAGGAGUGUAUUCUGACGGAGAAGAGCUGUUCCUAUCUGGCCUCUGCCCUGACCGCACACUCCUCAAGUCUCAGACUGCUGAACCUGAGUGAGAAUAAGCUGCUGGACUCAGGAGUGGAACUUUUAUGUUCUGCUCUUUGUCAUCAGAACUGCAAACUGAAGGAACUAAACCUAUAUAAAUGUAAUCUGACUGAGAAGAGCUGCUCCUAUCUGGCCUCUGCUCUGACCACACACUCCUCAAGUCUCAGACAGCUGAACCUGGGUUACAAUAAGCUGCUGGACUCAGGAGUGGAACUUUUAUGUUCUGCACUUUGUCAUCAAAACUGCAAACUGGAGGAACUAAGGCUAUGGGAGUGUGAUCUGACUGAGAAGAGCUGUUCCUAUCUGGCCUCUGCCCUGACCGCACACUCCUCAAGUCUCAGACUGCUGGACCUGGGUUACAAUGAGCUGCUGGACUCAGGAGUGGAACUUUUAUGUUCUGCACUUUGUCAUCAAAACUGCAAACUGGAGAGACUACAGCUGAAUAGCUGUAAUCUGACUGAGAAGAGCUGUUCCUAUCUGGCCUCUGCCCUGACCACACACUCCUCAAGUCUCAGACUGCUGGACCUGUGGGACAAUGAGCUGCUGGACUCAGGAGUGGAACUUUUAUGUUCUGCACUUUGUCAUCCAAACUGCAAACUGGAGGAACUAAAGCUGAAAAGGUGUAAUCUGACUGAGAAAAGCUGUUCCUAUCUGGCCUCUGCCCUGACCGCACACUCCUCAAGUCUCAGACUGCUGGACCUGAGUGAGAAUAAGCUGCUGGACUCAGGAGUGGAACUUUUAUGUUCUGCACUUUGUCAUCAAAGCUGCAAACUGGAGGAACUAAUACUAUUCGACUGUUGGUUGACUGAUAAGGGCUGUUCCUAUCUGGCCUCUGCUGUGUCCACACACUCCUCAAGUCUCAGAGUGCUGCACCUGAGUCCCAAUAAGCGGAUUAGUGCAUCAGCUGUAGAGCAGCUCUCUGCUCUAGUGGAGGACCCACACUGUAAACUGGAGAAAAUAGAGUGGGGGCAAGAUAGAGGUUAUGAAUGGGAGGAUUUGGAUUAUUCAGAGGAGGACGAUGAUGAUGAUGAUGAUGAAAAGCGCCAUGAGACAUGUGUAAUGAAUUGGCGCUCUAUAAGCGACAUUAAAUUGAAAAUUGAAAAUUGAAAAUGACGAGGAUGAGGAGGAAGAUGACUGAGGAGCUCAUUAACUGAGCUUUUAUACACACACACACACACACACACACACACACACACACACACACACACACACAGACACACACACACACACACACACACACACACACACAACCCCCCCCCCCCCCCACACACACACACACACACACACACACACAACCCCACACACACACACACACACACACACACACACACACACACACACACACACACACACACACACACACACACACACACACACACACACACACACACACACACACACACACACACACACACACACACACACACACACACACACACACACACACACACAGUCAGACCAGCAUCUCUUGUGUAGAAUGUCUUGGUGUACAUGAGCAGCAGCACACAGGCCACACAGAUUGUAAAAUACAUAUUUAGUAGAAUUUGUACAUUGAACCAUAUUGAUGCUGUUGUUGAAAUUGCAUUCUCUCUCUCUGUGUGUUUUUACAUUAAAAUUAUAUUUAAUUCAGUGAAUAAAUGUUCUUGUAAAUUGUUGCUUUUGAAGACCAUGAACAUUCUUUGAAUAUAUAAGGUAGUACUUCAUUUUAGCAUAUUAGUGCAAACAUGAUCAUUAAUAGUCAAAAGCUAAUAGUUUAAAUAUUUCACUCCAUAAAUGUUAUUAUUUAUCAUUUGAAUCCCACCAUUGCAUAUGAUCUCUAAAUGUGAUUAGCCACGUGUGUGAUAGCAUCAGCAGCUGCUCUAAAUGUGAUUGGCCACGUGUGUGAUAGCAUCAGCAGCUGCUCUAAAUGUGAUUGGCCACAUGUGUGAUAGCAUCAGCAGCUGCUCUAAAUGUGAUUGGCCACAUGUGUGAUAGCAUCAGCAGCUGCUCUAAAUGUUAUUGGCCACGUGUGUGAUAGCAUCAGCAGCUGCUCUAAAUGUGAUUGGCCACAUGUGUGAUAGCAUCAGCAGCUGCUCUAAAUGUGAUUGGCCACGUAUGUGAUAGCAUCAGCAGCUGGUCCCACUGUACAAUUCAAAUGAGUCAGUCUGAGCCCACAGUGCAGUGUUAUGGUGCCAUCUAGUGGUCAACAGGAGAAUACACCCUGAGAGGAGACUAGCAGCAGUUCCACUGAAGGCCUGUUUGUAUGAGAGGUGAAUGUAAUGACAUUAAAGUCUCUCUUCCU